CCUCGGUGGCGAGAGGUGUGUCUGCGGCCGCGGACUCCUCCGGCGAGUCUCACCAGUAGUUGCAUCGGUGAUCGUUGCGUCGAGUCCCUCGCGCCUCCUUACCCCUCGAUGCCUUCAACGUGUCCAACGAUGUCCCAACUCGCAGCGUAUCGCGGAGUGUCAAUGUAGUACUCGUCACGGGGGGCAGACAUCGCGUCGAAGGAAACGCAGUGGCAACGUCCGAGCCCUCGCCGACAUCGACCCGCCGAAGCACCUCGAGAACACGCGCCGACAGGAAGCCAGCCCGGCGUCGAACAUGGACCAGAAACGCGUCUACAAGAUCGUCUUGACCGGGGGUCCGUGCGGAGGCAAGACCACGGGUCAAACUCGGCUGUGCACGUUCUUCGAGAACAUGGGCUGGAAGGUGUUCCGUGUCCCCGAGACAGCGACCGUGCUGCUCAGCGGCGGCAUCAAGUUUUCAGACCUGAACGCGGAAGAGGCGUUCAAGUUCCAGGAGAAUCUCCUCAGGACGAUGAUCCAAAUCGAGAACACGUUCUUCCAGCUGGGUGAGAGCUGCUCGAGGAAUUGCCUUAUAAUCUGUGAUCGCGGUGCCAUGGACGCCUCUGCAUUUAUUUCGAAAGACAAGUGGGAGCUGAUGAUGGCCUCGAACGGAUGGAACAACGUGGAGCUCCGAGACAACCGGUACAACCAGAUCAUCCACAUGGUGUCGGCGGCGAACGGGGCCGAGGAGUUCUACUCGACGGAGGACCACGCGUGUCGGUCGGAGGGCGUGGAGGUGGCCAGAGAGCUCGACUACAAGGCCGCCGCCGCCUGGGUGGGCCAUCCCUACUUCGACGUGAUCGACAACUCCCAGGACUUCGAGACCAAGAUCUGCCGGAUGAUCGAGUGCGUAUGCCAGAAGCUCGGCAUCGACACCGGCGACCGGCUCCGCUCGAGCAGCCGCAAGGUCAAGUUCCUCGUCAGGGGCCCCCUGCCGCCUGACUCGGAGUUCCCGCCGUUCCAGGACUUCGACGUCGUCCACAACUACCUCCAGAGCAAGACGCCGAAGAUGCAGGCGCGGCUCCGCAAGCGCGGCCAGAAAGGUCAUUGGUCGUACAUUCACACGAUCAGACGGCCGAAAAUGUGCGGCCAGGUUGUGGAAGUCAAGACACAACUGACGCACAGGGAUUACUUAAAUAUGCUAGCUCAGAGGGACGAUUCGCACUUUACUAUUUUUAAGCUGCGAAGGUGCUUCCUCAUCAACAAUCAGUACUUUCAGCUGGACAUUUACCGAGAGCCAGGACACCCCAGGUGCAAAGGUUUGAUGCUCCUCGAGACGUACACAGCCUUGGCCGGCGAAGACCUCAAGCGAAUCUUACCUCAAUUUUUGACUAUCGAAAAAGAAGUUACGGGCAAUCCCGAUUACAGUAUGUUCAAUCUCAGCCUUCGCGAGGAGUGGAACUCCACGAAUAAGUAUUGCCACAAUCUGCAGGGUCCCGUUGACGGUGCCAUUUCGGAAAAUAAGCCGGACUCGUCCGAGACGAAGGGGUCCUCGCCCAGGAAACAGAACUGCGGGGCCGAUGCGAAGAUCAACGGAGCUCGAGUGAGCGUCAACGGCGUCGAUUUCUCCAGGAACGGCGUCAACGGUACGAGAAACGGGGUCCAUCGUAACGGGCUCAAGGAGGAGAAGCAGCCCAGGACGACGAACGAGAGUCCUUUGAAGGAGGCGGAGGAGAGCAAGAACGUGCACCAAAACGGCGUGAAGAUAUAACGUUGGAGUUAGGUCGAGGGAACCGGAGGACUUUAACGGCGCGAACGGGAGGAUAUUGGAAAACUCCAUUAUGCCCUGACAAAUUGUUUUCCACCGAGACCGGAGCAAUUCACCCCUUGACGUUCGGCCGCGGUCACUCGUGCGCUUUCGCGCUUUGGAGUCGAUUGUUCUAAUCGACUCUGGGGGCGAUUCGACCUCUUCUUCGUUAGCGCGUACUUAAAUGUUAGCUUACGUUUAAAUUUAAAUGGUGUCCAGAGCCUCGUCCUUUGCGUAUACGCCAGACUCUCGUAGGUACGUAGACGGUACCGACGGUACACGUAGUCCGACGUGGUCUCGAGUACGCUAAGUAUUUUCGUAAUUCAACCUAACCGGGGUCUAUCUUCGUAUGUACUUCGACACACCUUUUACCGAAAGUAUUGUCUCGGCGCCAGGUACGGAGCAAUCGACGACCGCGACGGAGAAACCGAAGGAUGCGAAUGCACCGCAGAGUUGCCCGAAGGCCGUUAACUUUGAGCUUGAAAUCUAACACGAGAAUGCCGAACAGUGGACCGGUGACCGGUCGUCAAGUGUAAUCGGAAACGCGUACUUAAUCGCGAUACUCGUUACGCGAGCGCUGAUCAGAACCUCGUAACGAAAGCGCCCGAACAAUCGGCGGCGAGUUCGGGGCGGUAAAACUAAGCCUUUAAGGUAAACUCCCGAAGGGUGUCACGAGUCGAAAGUCCCGCAGGAUCCGUACAUCGGCGAGAGGCGUCUCGCGUCUAUCCUUAAAGUAUUACAAGGCGAGUCGCGUAAGUAAUCUCGGUAUCGUCCGGCGAGUUCCUUUUUUUCGUGGGAUAAACUGGCAGUUCUUCGCAGCUCUCUACGGCGAGACUUCCCUGAACGAAGCUUUAAUUACCGCUAGUAUGUACUACGUUCUCGUAUAUUUUCUUUCUCCGAGUCGGCCGAAUUCGCGAGACCGCCUCGUGGACGCGUCGCGGUGCAAUGCAUCUCGGUGCUCUGUCGGUACAAAAUUAACGGAGAGCACCUUACGUAUUUAUUUCCGAAAACGCGGUACCUAGUUAAUCUACUUAGGGCUAGAGUAACUCGACUAGCGAGGCGUAUUAGUACUUAAGGGGCAAGUACCUCGAGUAAGUGAUAGAGUAUUGUAAAUAUACAUAAACGGCAAUCCUUCGCGUUUGAUUUUCGUCACCGCGUCGCAGGCUCGCGUAACUCCGCGCCGUGGAGUCAAUUUUAUGAGUCGGCGUACUUAAGGCCCUUAAGUGCAGUCAUCGAUCCGAUCGAUCGGUCCUUGGAUCGAAAAAUCGGUAGAACACGUGGCUCGAUCGGAGGGGACACAGUGCCGGGCUGUUGACACUGCCGGAUGGAUCGGACCACUUGUCGCCCACUUAAUUAACCGGAGACCGAGAACGGACUGUGAUGAUCAACUUUUUAACUUCGACUUAGAUUUUCUCUGACGCACUGCUAAUAUAUUCGUCACAGAUUUUGCCGCUACCGGAGACAAAGUGCCUGUGAAACAUUCAGACGCAAAAGAUGGAAGGGGGGGGAGAGACAAAAAGAUUAAACAAAUAUACUAGAUAUAUUUUCGAAGAAUCGACGCAAUAACGAAUCGUUGGUGCACUCGAGUCUGUCGUAUCCCGAAUAAUCUGACUUCGCAAUGUACCUAUGAUCGUGAAAUAAAUUGUGGUUUGCCUGACGAA